UCCCAUCUUCUCCAGGUUCUGCUAAAUGUUCUGGGUCCAAACGGAGCCGAGCUGCGGAACAACUGGUCUCCAUUAAAAGGAAGAGAGCGUGAAGUUGGACGGGCUCGUUCUGCCUCUGGUCGUGUGUGCUCACUGAACCUGAUUUAUCAAAUCCAAACGCUUCCUGUGUGUCCCCCCUGGUUCCACAUGGAAACCUGAACCAGAUGAGCUCGCCUCAGAAACUAUGGAGUGAUGCAAGAGAGGCUUCCUGAGGGGCUGAACCUGCUGCUCAGGUAACACAUGUCAAAAUGGCCUCCUGCCCGCUCUGGUGCGUCCAACCCUGCCUGCGGUCCAGACCUCCAUGGGCGUGAAGCAGUUCCUCCCGAUCCCAUUGGACGCAGCCUCUGCCAUCAGCCUCUUCCCAGGAUUCAACGCAAUGGACCCGGUGCAGAAAGCUGUCCUCCAUCACACCCUCGGCCUCCCGCCCACAGCCAAGAGGAAGCACGUGUCCUGCGGCGUCUGCCAGCUCAGGUUCAACUCGCAGAACCAGGCGUCGGCCCACUACAAGGGCACCAAACACGCCAAGAAGCUAAAAUCCCUGGAAACCCCGAAGAGUAAGCUGAAAGGCUCAACGGGCGCCAAGGAAACGGCCAAUCAGGAGACGGCCAAGGGCGUCAACACGUCGCACAUCCCCAACGGCACCAACGGGAAAGCUCCGCCUUCGGUGAUCCGGUUCGUCAAACCCUCGGCUGCUCCGUCACCGGGACCGGGACCUGUAUGUUCGCCGACGGUCUUAAACGUCACGGCGAGCUCAGAGACAAACUCGCCUUCUGAAGGAGACGAGGGGUCAAAGGUCAGCCCGUCCUCAGAGCCCGACCCGGACCAGGAGGCCGAACCAGAGACAGAGGAGGCGAAGGCCAGACGCCUGCUGUACUGCUCGCUCUGUAAGGUCGCCGUCAACUCCGCGUCACAGCUCGACGCUCACAACAGCGGUACGAAGCACAAGACCAUGCUGGAGGCCCGGAGCGGCGUCGGCUCCAUCAAAUCUUUUCCUCGGCCCGGAGUCAAGGGCAAACUGGCUUCGACCUCCAAGUCGUCGACGGGACUGCAGAACAAAACCUUCUUCUGUGAGACGUGCGACGUGCACGUCAACUCAGAGACGCAGCUCAAACAGCACAUUAGCAGUCGGCGCCAUAAAGACCGAGCAGCAGGGAAACCAGCCAAACCCAAAUACAGCCCCUACAGCAAACCGCCGAAAGGCUCGACCCAACAGCCGAUGAAGUUAAUUUUGGGGAAGGAGCGUCAGCAGCCUCUCACCACUCAGAUCCUCCCUGCUCACCUGGCGGCGGUGGCGGCGGCCACCAUCGGGAACUCUUUCGCUCAACGCACCAACAACGGCCCCAGCCCGGUGCUGAGCCCGGGCCUCUUCCAGACUCAGAACCUCCCCGCUGCGCUGCUCCGCCCGGCCCCCGGCCCCAUCAGGACCUCUCACCCACAGGUCCUCUUUGCUCCUUACUGAGCUCUCUGAACCGUGUGGACCGCCCGGACCGGGCCGAGCAGAGGCCUCUUCAGCUUCCUUCUAUGCAUUUGGAAACAUCCUCACAUCGGGACCGCUUUGGUUUGGAUUAUUGGUCCGAAGCAGCGAAGCACCGGGAGCUUCUCAUGCUGGAUUUAAUUCUCAGAUCCGGACUGGACCAGGUUUCUGCUCCACCUCACGGCCUACAGCUCCCACCCAGAACCAGGACGUGGACCUACAGUAUUGCAAUAAUGUAUAAACAAACCCUGUGAACUAUGCAGCAUUGAAGAAAACGUGAUGGGAUAAGUUUUUUGUGAAGCUACGACGGCGUGGCACAACGUGGAGGAAUUCUGUCUGAAGAUUGUUUGUGGUGCCGAGGCCCUCCUCUGUUCCUGUAUGCACUUUAAGCUCUUUCUCUGAUGUCGACUUUAGAUGGCUAGACUGUGUUAGGUGGUUAGUUUGUGUCGUAUCGUGUGUUUUUUGCAUUUGUCCCUGCAUUUCUGUGUGUGGAUGUGUUCUGUGUGACUGUCUGUGUGUGAGAGACGUCCAGUUGUUCCGGUCGUUUAUCCAGCGCCUGUCCUCGCCACCAAGGCUCAUCGUGUUAAAUGUUGGUGUGUAAAAAGUGAUCAGUUUCAAAUAAAAAGAGCCCUAAUUUGUUA